GCCACUUGGAAAACAAUUGCGCUCAGGAGGACAGAUCCACAAUCCGGGUUGAGAUGAGAGGACUCACGCUGACUAAUGCUUGCCUCUGUGGCUUGUUUGCAUACCUCGUCUUGUUCUCCUUCAUGUCUUUAAGCCAGGCAGUCAGUUUCGACCUGACUGAACUGAGGAAUAAAGUUGCAAAAAUUAAGGUGAAUCCAAGAGGUAAUCUUUGGGCAACAGGGCAUUUCAUGGGGAAGAAAAGUGUGAUGGACACCCCUCUGCUGCCCUCACCCGAGGACCAGGGUGUGGAUGCGCUGGAGGUCAGCCUCCCGGCUGAGCAGAGCUCGCUUGGGGAGCUUUUCCAAGAGUUUCUGCAGGUGGCGUUGAAGGCGCAGGUGGACACAGACGAGAGCCGUUUGAAAAACCAGGAAGCGGAGUUUCUGGCGAAGAUCUUAGAAAACUACAUCCAGAGCAGAAAGUGAUGCGGAGGUUGGAAGUGUGGCACGCAUGGAUUAAAAAAUAAAAUAACCAGAAACAAUCUAUAACUUUUCUGCUCAUUCUGAUUAAAAUCUACUGUAACUGUA